CUUGCUUGUUCCAUGAGUUUUGUCCCUUUUGUCUGCAACUCAAAGAACAAACGAGCUGCAGACUCCAAAACACACAACCCAAAUUGCAUUGUCUCCGCUCAAAAACUUUGCAUUAAACCAAGUUUAGGAAAUUUCAGUUAUGUCGGCGGCAGCUCAAACUCAAACACAACAGCCAGUUUUCAUUGACCCAAACACCGUGAUAGGGCAGGCUCCUCCUUCGCAUCAUGACUCAAACGGCUCGUUUGGGACGGUGUUUAUUGUGUUGGCUGUGAUAAUUGUCAUAUCCGCCAUAGCAUGCUGUCUUGGGCGACUCUGCAACGGGCGUUUGAGCAAACCAAAGCCUCCCAAACAGAACAACAACCACGGACAAGGACAGAAGUCACAGAACCACCACGGACACGGACAGAAGUCACAGAACCACCACGGACAAGGACAGAAGUCACAGAACCAGCGUGGCGUUCGUCCCAAAGAAGGAGAUAUUGAAUUUGGCUUCGACAACAAGAGAAUGCCACCGAUUGCCAAACCUGCAGGUAAUGGAGAUCUCAGAGGACACAGAAUGCCUGAACGUGGAGAAUUCAGGGGUGAAACCAAGCCUGCUGACGCUGGAGGAGAGCUCAGAGGCGGUGCAUGAUGGUUGAUGAUGAGGGCAGAAAAUCAGGAGGUUUAUUGCUAGUCGUGAUUUACUUUUUGCUUUCCUCUUUUUCUCCUAGAGACUUUCAUUUUUCUGAGUUUCAAUGUGUAAUUAUAAAUAGUAUUCUGAUGUUGUAAUGCUAUGUAAUAUGGUGAAGGUGUGUUGGGAAUUAGUGAAUUGCAACAUGACCCAAGGAAGAAAUGAGAAGGAUUAUCAUAGAAGAAUCAGGUCAUUUUAUUGUUUGAUAUAGACAACUUUUGAGCAGAGAAGAAAUUAGGAGCUAUAUAACAUGAGAUAUGUUCCUUUCCCAUCUGCUCAUCAUCAUACUUUAAAUAUAUUGAAACUCAAGUC